CACUACGCAGCCAGACUGCGGACCGUCAGGGUUCAGGUCUGAGUUUUCGCGUCGAGCUCCAACCGCGCAACGUGCACGACCACGCUGCCGACAGCAACGACAGCACGAGGAGAAGUGGAUCGCCCGCCUUUUUCUCCGAGCUACACUGGACGCGUGCGUUUGGGAAUUUGGGAUCUUUCGAUCGUCACGGUGUUGAUCACGAGCGAGACGACUCUAUCCGUGGAAUUGGAAGAUUCGAGCUAAUCGUCGAGGGAGAGGCUGAAGAGUAAGAUCGAGCGAUCGAAAACCUCCUCGGCGAGAAUCUCUCGCGACGUGCCGGUGAAAAGCAAGUGUUUGUGGACUAGGGAGUGAUAAGGGAGUUAAGCGUGCAGCUGCGUGCGCCGAUUCGUCCGGCCUGUCAGCACGUGGCCGCAGGGGUGGGACUUCUUUUGGUGCGCCUCGCGGACAGUUCAGCGCAGUGAACUUUGUGACAGCCACUUAAGUGAGACGUUCGGUCGAAAAAUCAGCGGAGAAUCGAUUUUCUUGGCGAGUCUCACGCGUCGCUCUGUCUACCCCAGCACUUGAAGCGCCGAUCGUUCCGAUUCCCUUUGCUCCUGUCAUAAAUUGGGGGGUGCGUGCGCGGGAACGUUGAAUCGCGGUGCAGGAAACAGGUGGGACAUAAUUAAUCGUACGGCGAUAAAGAGCCCGACGGGUGUCUCGCGUGAGUGAAUUGACGAUCCGGGAGAAGAGAGAAGCGCGUCCUCGAGCGGCGAGUGUAUCGUCGCUGAACAACAGAAGGCGAUGAGACAAGGACUCCGGCUCUAAUAAGCUUCUAAUUAUCGCGACGGGUGCGCUGGUAAUUACGACACGCGCGUGACCACUGUGCAAAGACACGUCAGUGUUUUUCAUUGCGGAAUUACACGUUGCGCACUGAUACAGAAUUGCGAAGUGCACGGUUGACGCGCACAAAUAGAAUAAUUAAAAGCGCAUUACGCGGAAAGCGGUGUUAUCUGCCGAUUAGAUUUGCUCGUUGACGAGAUCGAGCGUUUCACGAGAAUCAAAUCCGGGGCCUAGGUUAAUCCGACAAGAUCUCUCUACCUACCACUCGAUACCCCAUCAGACUCGCCAAAGACGUCGCUUUCUUCCAGUCGUCCGUUCAACGUGGUCACGAGGCAACGAAGUGGUACCGACGACCAAGCAGCGCUUUAUCGAGCCGCGCCCAAUUAGCUGUUUGCUUCUUAAUCACUCCUAAUUACUCGCAAUUAUUCGCAGUAAUUAAGUAGGCUGAUGUCAUCGGCGGCGGAUAUAUCAGUGAAUCGUCCGCUUUUCAACACUGAUCCACCACUGCUGUCGGGACCUUCUGCAUUUGAUAUUCAUCGUAGGAAAAUCACCGGGAGAUCGUGAAACUUGCGAACGAGCGAGCGAGACGAAACGAGGGAGCAACAGGAGAGUCUCGGAGGGAGUUGGAGCGAGUCGUCGUAUAUAGUCGGUGUAAAGCGCGGUAUCGAAAGAAGGGACGAGAAGAAAAGAGGGAGAAAGAGCGAAAGAAAUAGAAGAAGAUAGAGAGAGAGAGAGAGAGAGAGAGAGAGAGAGAGAGAGAGAGAGGGAGAGAGCGAGAGAGCGAGAGAGAGAGAGAGAGAGAGAGAGAUAGAGAGAGAGAUAGAGAGAGAGCCAAGACAGACGGCUAAUCGCGAGAUCGGUACGACCGCGACGGAAUUGCACCGUGGCGGAGAUAAAUAACAGCCGCUAGAUAAACCCACGUCAGGACGACGUCCCAAAUACAUCAGUCACAGAUCGCCUCAGCUAUAGGACUAUAAUGCAAAAUCGCGAUGCGUGCCGCGGGCUAAGAAGACGACGCGGAAGAAGGACGCGGCUUGACUGGCGUGAGAAAAAGGGACAGGGAGAAAUGUAAGGGAACAGGACAAAAUCAGGAAACGGCGGGUGUCGCCUGAAGGCAAACCCGGAGGGUGGAUGGAUGAGUGGACUUGGACACUGCUUGGAAAGAUCUUCUCCUCGCGCGAUUACGAGUCCCCGGGAUGCAAGGCUGACAUGGCGGAGGGUUCGGCCGAGGAGGAACAGAGCAGUACCGCUGCGCCCGCUUCCCCGCCAGCUGAUCUUCGCACUCUGAACACCCAAUUGUCGCCGCCUUAUCACCACCAGCCCCAUCUCCAGCCUCGUCUUCAGCAUCUGCAGCAUUCCAACAUGCUGGCGACCGCCGUACCGCCCCGGCACAGCCACAGUAUGCUGUCUCAUCAGGUGAAAGCGGAGGCAGAGCUGGACGCCCCCUGCGAUGUGCCAUUGAAUCUCAAGAGCGAGGAAAGCGAUAGGAGCAGCGCCGGAAGUCCGGAGCCGGCGACAGGUGCACUCCACGAGCACCAAAUGAUGAUAGAUGAUAUGAAGAAUUCGCGGAAGAGACGACGGAGCCCAUCACCCGAAAAUCUUCAUCAAGCGAAGCGCGCGGCGGUAGCGCAAGCUCAUCUGAACGGAACGAUGGCCGGUAUGGUGACGCUCCAGAAUCUCCAGAACCUAGCAAAUCUGCAAAAUCUCCCACAAGUUGCGUCGCUGGCCGCCGGCCUUCAAGGAAUGACAGCGGGAUUGACUAAUAAUCAAUUGAUCAACACUCCCUUGAACUUAACCGUCAGCUCGUCAGGCGGAACGGUACCAACAGCCUCGAGUACGACGGCGGCCCCCCAUCUUCUGCCACCUAGUUCGGCCCCAAUGGCGACGUUACCUCAGCUAUUAUCUCAACCGCAACCGGUCGCGAUGCCUCAAUUCAUCCUAACGUCCGGUCAAUUGGUUCAGGGCAUUCAAGGGGCUCAGCUUCUUAUCCCCACUUCACAAGGCAUCGCUACCCAGACCAUCCUGACCAUACCGGUCAGUCACGUCACGAACAAUCAGAUGGUGAACUUGGCGCUGAGUAAUGGACAGGUAGUUUCCACGACGCUGGCCAACCUUCAAUCCCUAGCUCAACCGCAAAACAUGCUUAACACGCCCACGAGCAACGUUCCCACGAGCCCCAGCCUGGCAUCGGGAUUAGGACUGAACCCUGCCGCUCUGCCGCAUCUUCUGAGCAAUAGCUCGGCAAGCCAACAACUUCUGAGCGCAAUGCAGCCUCAGCAACUACUUCAGGCUGCCCAAGCGGCGCAGGCACAAGCGGCGCAAGCCGUACAGGCCGUUCAGGCUUCUCAGCAACCACUUCUAACGACAUCGCCUCAGCAGCACAGCCACCGACACACUUCGCAUAUGAAUCAUUACACAUCGACGGAAAAACAUCACAGAGAGAGGCCGGAGCAGUCGUCGCCUUUGAACGAAUCCGUAGUGUCCGCGGCAUCUGCUUUGAACAGAUUGGCCGCCAGUAAUGGCGAGAUUACUAUCACGACGACGCAUGGACCUGGCGGUGCCGGAGUGAAGGCUUCCCCCAGCAGUAUGCACAGUCCGAAGGAGGACGAGGAUGAUCUCUUGAAUGAUUCACCGAACCAGCCAACGAUUAAUGAGGCCACUAACAACGUGGUCGAUGGGAUCAAUUUGGAUGAGAUCAAGGAGUUCGCCAAGGUGUUUAAAUUACGCAGACUGUCUCUGGGCCUGACGCAGACCCAAGUUGGGCAGGCCCUGAGUGUCACCGAGGGGCCCGCGUACAGCCAAAGUGCCAUAUGCAGUGCCCUGGCUACCCAGAUGUACGCUGCCUCGCAGAUUGCCUCUCAGCAGCAAGCUACAUUCGAAAAGCUGGACAUUACGCCGAAAAGCGCGCAGAAAAUUAAGCCCGUUCUCGAGAGGUGGAUGAAGGAGGCGGAAGAGAGUGCAUGUGAUUACAGGUAUAAGAGCGGCGUUAAUCAUCUGACGGACUUCAUCGGAGUCGAGCCGAGCAAGAAGCGAAAACGGCGGACCUCCUUCACGCCGCAGGCUUUAGAAUUGCUGAACGCACACUUUGACAGGAACACACAUCCUACCGGCAAUGAGAUCACGACCCUGGCGCAUCGGCUGGGAUACGACAGGGAGGUGAUAAGGAUCUGGUUCUGCAACAAGAGACAAGCUCUGAAGAACACCGUGAGAAUGAUGUCUAAGGGGGUUGUAUAGGGAAAAAGUACACCCGCCGAUCAGACUAGCAACAUAUGAGAAAAACCUCAAGGCACGGACGACGAGGAGGAGCGCGUCUCAUGAAGCUUUCCGAAUUCUCGCAUCUCUUCGCGCAGGAUAAAACGAGCAGGAUCGCGCACGAGAGCGAUACUUCCGUGCAUUGUUGCGUAAUGAGAAAGAGAGAAAGCGUUUUGUAUCUCUCGGUGUGAGAGAUUCAUCGAAUUAUUAUUAUCGAGCCGGCACGGGGGGAUCGUUCCGGGUCGCGUGAGCGAAGUCCUUCGAAUAUUGUGAUCGCAGGUGUAUACGAGAUCUAUAUGUAAAUAGCUUUAAUCUACGAGUAUGUGAUGUACACAUGAGUCGAAUAUCGAGAACUGAUAAUCUAAAAUCGUUGUCUCUCUCAUUUGGUACCAAUUUGUCGCGCGCUUCCAAUUUUCAUAGAUAUACAUCUAUCGGAGAGCACUGACUAGCUGAUCCAAUUUCGAGUUUCGAGCGAGGCAGUUAUCGACAAUUGGUAAGCAUCAACGAAUCGACGGACGUAAAUACCUCGACGACCGAGAUUACCGCGGCACCGUUUAUCAUUCAACGACAGAAGAACCGCUUCCAGACUUUUCUAAUUCAUUGCAGUUGCUCGAUCGCGCGCGGACAACUCGUCGGGAUACGUACGUCUAUCGUAGCACGAUCUAUCGAAACCGGGCGGAGAGAUACUAUUGAGAGAUCGUCGCGCACAGAUAAUAAUGAUUCAUAGAAAUUCCACUGUCUUUUCACAAAACGAAACGUAACUUAUGAGAGCAAAACGAAGUAGUAAGGCGGAACGCGAGCGUUCCGCGACGCGAGCAGCAGCUAGGUGCAAUCGAUACAUAAUCAACUGGCGUAAUAACUAAAGAAAUACAUUCAAAAUCGAAACACUCGAAGGGCGGCAAUGUUUCGCGCGCGGCAAAGAACCGCGACUAAGGACACUAUUCAUAGCCCGAUCUUAUAUUCAAGAUAGUCUUGGGUUCAUCUUUUCAGAUGCUGUGUGGAUUAUUUCGGAACGUAAGAUAAAGAUGAGACGAUCUCAAACAUAAGAUCGUAUUAUGAACACUGGCCUAAGUCUGAUCGUGAAGAUUCUGAAAUAUCGUUGUUGCUCGUUAAGUUGCGCAAAAAAAAAGUAAUAAAAGAAGCAUUGCUUAAAUAAAAAAAAGAUAAAAAGAAUCAACGUCUGUACCGAUUGUGUAAUAUCAUUUCCUGCAUGUAUAAACACGAUUAGAGAGAACGAGCACGAUAAUAUUUCUGUCAUAGGGUUUCGGCAGACAGAGAAGAAGAAGAAGAAACGAAAGGGCAAGUUAGUCGGGAGUUUUUAGCGCGCGCGCGAGAGAUAUUGUAAAUUACACGUGUAUCUAGAGAUCAAUGAAAUUCCUUUAGUGACUAAAUAACGCAAUAACGUCUUUGAAAGUAUGCUAUGAACGAUUAUGUACCACAUGCCACACUACCUACGCUCCUGAAGUUGUAUUUAAUCUUGUAGGAAAAAGGAGGUUAUAGGAGACAGACGUGGGAUUCGAAUUUCUGCAAAACUAGUCCGUAAUAAUCUGCCAUGUAAGACAUAUACGUGUUAAAUGAGCACGCAUCCUCCGUUCCUAUACAUAUUAAUGCGAUCUGCUUGUUCGCUGAAUAACGCUGAAGUUCGGACGAAAACUUCGACCUUACCAGAGCUCGACUCCGAUCUGCGGGAUAUUCGACAACAUAAUUCUUCGAUUGUGGAAUAUGCUUCUGUGUGUGUGUUUACGUGAGUGUGUGCGCGCGUGUGUAUGCGUGCGUGUGUAUGUAUAUGUAUGUAUCUGUGUAUGUAUGUAUGUAUAUACGUGUGCGCGCGCGCACGUCGCCUAAUUCCUAUUUUCAUUUUCAACGAGGUGUACUUAUAGUCGUGCAAAAAAGAAAUAGAAAGAAGGAAAGAGAGAGAACAGAAGUACCGAGAUUUCGGACGAUUCUAUACGCGUAUUCUUUCGAGCGUAGUUGUACACGAUGGGAGCUAAUUGCAGACGCGUGAUCUUGAAAUCGAAGAAUUAUUAUUUACGCUUCUCAUCGUGUUCCCCUUUUUAAAGAAUCGAUUAUCAUCGUAAAUAAACGUAUAAACGCGGCCAUGUAAAGUCUCCCCACUAUAGCGACAGUUCUAGAUGAUUGAUUUGCAUGCGUUACCAACGCACAAACACAUUUACGUUGGCGUGGUAAUUUAGCGAGACGCGAUCCGCAGUCGUUUUUCCCGCAUAAGACGGUAUUCAAACGAAGCCCAUAAAGUACGGUUUUCUUAAUAUCUAGCAGACGAAUACGUUUAAUGAGUAAGAUUGUGCAUAAAAUGUACUUCAUCCUCUUUAUAACGGGGGCUACUCGCUACGAUACUAUCGCGAAAUCUCUAACUGGACGCGUAGCUAGGGCGUAAAGAUUAGCCUGUAUAUAAUACGAUACACUUAGGCAUUGUAAUAUUAUAAUUAACUUUUAUUAUUAUAGCUAUAAAAUAGCUAAAUUCAUGCAAAAUAAUAUUUACAUGGUUAAAGAAAUAAUAAAUUUCUAAAAGUAAAUAAAGUAUUUUAAGGUUUUACUUUUAAGCUUGAGACGAGCAAAGUGAUCUGUUCCUAAAAAGUUGUAUUAUAGGAGUAAACGAAAGGGUGAAAGGCGCGGAUGGAGUUGGAUGAAAGAUGUACGACGGAGUAAAAUUCAAAAUUCAAAAUUUUUAUUAAGGGACGGGAGAGGGAUGUAUAUGUUAUCCUUUUUGAUAAAAGAGCGAAAAAACGUUUGUAUAGAGAAAUAUUCCGGUUAUUAAAUUUUGUUAUAUGAGAGAGCGAGCGAACGAGAGAAAGAAAGAAAGAGAGUGAGUGAGAAAGAAAGAAAGAGAGAAAGAGAGUGAGAGCGAAAGAGAGCGAGAGAAAGAGAAAGAAAGAGAGAGAGAAAGAGAAAAAGAAUAAACAGUAGAGCGUCUGGAAUGACGCGCGGUGGUGAUAAAAAUAAAAACGCGGAGACGGUUUUAAGAACCAUCUGUAUUUUCUUCGUGAAAUUGAAAUAUUCAAAUAGAUCCUUAUGAAAAUAUAAACAUGAGUAUUACAAAAAAAAAACAUGUGAAUUGUAUUCGUGAGUGUCAUAUUUCUAAG